GAGGGUUUCGUCUCGUUUCUCGUGACGACAACUUCCAGGAGGGAAAAUUGCUACCGCGGCGUCACGGCUCGACAGCUCCUUCUCUGCAAUUUGCGCGCCGUCCAACGAAUUUAGCACUCUCAACCUCUCAAUUUAAGAGCCAGAUAGAUCCCUCCUCUUCCUCGAGCAGAAAACGUAGGCGCUCGCCCUCUCGUCGCAAGCCGAUUUGCCCUCCGGCAGAAGACGACGGAGAGGUCACUUUUCUCGGUGCGAGAUCCGAGUAUCGUAGACCGGUGAGAGUGCCAGUGGUGGAUCUGACGACGCCGAGGAGACGUCGGGAGAUUCGGCCGGAGAGGGUGAUCGACCUCUCCCGGAGCUCGGUUGACGUAGUAGAGGAGGAACAAGUCAGGAGACCAGCACCAAAACGGCUUAGAACGUCAAGUGUUCGGCGAGAGAGAAGCGUUAUCGUCGUCAGCAGCAGCAGUGAUGAUGAGCCCCCUCCUCCGCCAAGACGUCGUCCCUGGGUGCCUACAGCGGCGACAGUACACCGCAACUCCCACACGCCAGACCGGUCAGUCCCGCCUCGGUCCAACAAUGUUGUUGCCCGUGCGCAUAGUCUGCGAACACCGACCGGCACUCCUGCGGCUAUUGCACAUACCCGACGGUCGGUGAUCCAUCGAAACCUGAGCCAGAUGACGCGGGCGAAAAUAUGCAUAUGGACGACAUCGCUGAAGAUGAGGAGGAUGCGCCUGAGGAUGGCAAUGUAGGAACUGUCGACGAUAUUACAUGUGACGAGAUUCGAUCUAAGGCUACUAACCGACCCAAGAUCGAACAUUCCGAUGAUGUCUUACCUGAUCAGGAGGUCAAAGUUGAACCUGACGAUGAAUCUGACAAGGACGAUUUUUACCAACGGGAAGCGCCCCUUGACGGCUCUGAGAGAGACGGGCGCGGAAGCUCGAUUGCGCCGUCUCUCACGGCAUCCCAAGUAGCAAGAGGCGACGCGAGACACACAGACACUUCUUCUCCUGCACAGUUGACUGUCAGACACUCUCCCACUGAUGUUGGGCCAGUUGCUCGAGGCGCGUCUAUCGGCUUCUACUCAACGGAUACCGCUGCCCUUCUCAACAAGGCUGGAACUUCUUAUGGUCCCCACACACACGCAGGCCCUGCGCAGGCCCGGAAUGACCUUGAACGCGGGCGAUCACAAGUACGGGAUCUACAAGCGAUUCUCAAUGGGGCUGCUGCUUCGUAUGGCUCUGAGAGCACCUCUGGGCAUCAUCACAGCUCAAGCCAAGAACCAUUGGUCCCGCCUCCUGUUGUCGCAAGAUCUAUUGAAGAAGAGCAGCAGGCAGAGUCGAAGAGCGAUGCUGAAGAUCAUGCGGGCAGUGAGUCGCUUGCGCCUCAUGUUGUCCCUCCGAGUUCUCAAGUAUCGAAGCGCGGUAUUGCGAGACAGAUUGUUGAACACGCGGUGGCCCAACACGUUCAAAACGACACCCAUGAAGUGCCUAUCGAGGUCUUGCCUGAGAAGGAGGAAGAAUCGGACGAUGAAGGCAACACAGAUUCCAAUUCACGUGACAAUGGAACCCCCACGGACUCUGAUGAGCCAGAAGAUGACGAACUAGCUGAUGACGACCGACAGGCCAGCUGCCAACUUACCCCGAGCCUCUGUCUCCGAUGGACCUUCGACUCAUCGUCCUCGUUCUGUCAGGACCACGCAGUCUCCUGCAUACAAACAUGA